UAGACGUUUAGAAGAUGUCUUUAAGAUGUUUAUGAUUUAGAAUGAAUGUAAAACUGACAUCUUAAAGACAUCUAUCAAAGAUGUUUGUACACAGCAGAUGCUUCCCAGAUGAAGUGAUCUUUAACAGACAUCUUGCAGACGUACCUAUGGCAUCUCGUUUAAAAUUCUGCUUAGAGCCCCUAAAAGUCAAAUUCGAAUACUUUCAGACCCCCGACCACACACAGCGACUCCUAGACAGCACAGGUGCGUGUAACGUUCAAUUACAGGCGCCCGUGCUGAACUAAAAUGCCAAAGACCUUAACUGUUGGUACAGAUAUCGUCGUCCUUGCUUGUGUUAAUCCUCUUCUGUAAGUCGUUUAUUGACAAAAGCGGUUGCUAAAUAAUUGCAUGAAUAGAAAACAAAUGCUGGCGGCCCCUAUGCCAGAUGCUAGAGCACCGACCACCCAUUGGAUGUGUCUUUAUGGCAUCAUCGGCGCGCGCAACCGACUCGAUGUCACACAGUGCUCAUAUGUAGCCCCAAAAUGGUGCACGCGACUACGGUACCCCAAAACGCCGCGCGCUUAUGAUGCACAGAAAUGCUGUCUACAUAUGUAUCUUACUAGGUUUUGAAACAGAGCCUCGUUUUCUAAUGCACUUGAGUCUGGAGUUGCGUGUGAGGGGCACAGUCGAGUUUCUCACCUUGGCUCGCUCUCCGUCACCCCUCCUCUCUCUCUCUCUCUCUCUCUCUGUGUGUGUGUGUCAGUGUGUGUCUGUCUCAUGAACGGAACUGACCGCUGCUGCAUCUGUGAGUUUCAUUCACUAACAGACGACAGGACUACAUCACAAUCGAUCUGGAUUUAUUUUCCUCACACCCGCGCUUGAGUGAGGUUUAGCGCUUCAGACGGGAUUCAGAGAUUCAACGCGCUCCAAACUCUGUUUCGUUCCCGGUCCAUGAGAGAUGCCAAGCAAAGCAACUCUUCACGAGUCUCCUUAGCGUGCGGAUCUCAUCAGAUUCCCUCCCGGCAGAUCAUAUGCGCGUCGACCUGCGGAUCCAAGCAUCAGGAGAGUUUGAGAGUAUCGAGUUAUAUUCACUCGGUGUCUGUCUGGAACAUGGCACAUAGGAUGCGGAAUGGACUGUGACCGCUGAUUUCUCCAGCAGUAGAGACACACACUGCUGAGAAUUGGUCCUGGAAAAGUCGUCUAUCCACUGGACAUUUUCUGGCCGGGUCGUCUUACCAAGAUAUCACACGUACGCCAGUCUGAAGAGACGCUACAGCCAUAUUUGUUUAUUUGACUUCCCCCUCUCUACCCAUCCAUCUGGAUACGUUCCUUCCCUUCCCCAUCCCACAUUCAUCAUUCUCUCCCAUGACAUCAUGAGGAGUUUUUGGAACUUGCUUUCUCUGAUAACUCUGUAUCAUACUCUUCCCUGGGCCUCCAGUCACAGUCUGAACCCAUUCGCCGGGCCACAAGUGACACCGACGGACCCCUGCUAUGACGAGACGGGCGCUGCCCGCCGAUGUAUCCCAGAGUUCAUCAAUGCAGCGUUCGGCCAAGAGGUCAUAGUGUCGAGUGCAUGCGGCCGGCCACCGUCUCGCUCCUGCAGUAUAGUGGAACGCGACGACCGUCCCGCUGUGCGCACGUGUCAGGUCUGCGACGCAUCAGACCCCCGCCACGCCCACCCUGCCUCCUACCUCACCGACCUAAGCUCCGCCCACAACCUCACCUGCUGGCAGUCGGAGAACUUACAGCUCUCCCCUCAAAACGACCUCACACUCUCUCUCUUGAAAAAAAUUUAGAUAACACACACCACACUGCAGUUCUGUUCCCCGCGGCCCGAGUCCCUGGCCAUCUAUAAGAGCAUGGACUACGGCCGCACUUGGACGCCCUACCAGUUCUACUCAUCGCAGUGCCGUCGCAUGUACAACAGACCCAACAAAGCAACAAUCACCAAGCAGAACGAGCAGGAAGCUUUAUGUACAGAUGGACACACUGAUCUCUACCCACUUUCGGGUGGCCUUAUCGCUUUUAGUACGCUGGACGGUCGCCCUUCAGGGAAGGAUUUCGACUCGAGCCCUGUUCUGCAGGACUGGGUGACGGUCACCGACAUUCGAGUGGUCUUCAGUCGCCCGCAGCACUCUAGAGCUCUGCCCAUGUCGGGACGCGUGAGCGAAGACCCUCUCGGGCCGCCCGGAACCCUGCCUACUUAUUACUACGCGGUUGGCGACUUCCAAGUGGGCGGGAGGUGUAAAUGUAAUGGCCACGCCUCCAGGUGCGUACGAGAGAAGGAUGGUAAAAUGGUGUGUGAAUGCAAACACAACACAGAGGGUCCGGAGUGUGACCGCUGCAAACCGUUUCACUACGACCGGCCCUGGCAACGCGCAACAGCGAAAGAAGCCAACGAGUGCUUACCAUGCAAUUGUAACCUGCACGCGCGGCGCUGUCGCUUUAACAUGGAGUUGUAUAAGCUCUCGGGCCGUAAGAGUGGAGGAGUGUGUAUGAACUGCAGACACAAUACCGCCGGACGCCACUGCCAUUACUGCAAAGAGGGAUUCUACAGAGACAUGGGCAAACCCAUCACACACCGCCGAGCUUGCAAAGCAUGUGACUGCCAUCCGGUGGGAGCUGCAGGUAAAACGUGUAACCAGACGACGGGUCAGUGCCCGUGUAAAGACGGGGUGACUGGCAUCACGUGUAACCGCUGUGCUAAAGGGUAUCAGCAGAGCCGAUCGCCCGUCGCUCCAUGCAUUAAAAUCCCUGUUAUAAAGCCGACGGCUGUGAUCAGCACUACAGAGGAGCCUGCAGAUUGUGACUCAUACUGUAAACCACUGAAGGGAAAUCUCAAGAUAAACAUGAAGAAAUACUGCAAAAAGGACUACGCUGUCCAGGUCAGUGUGUUGGACAUGGAGACCGUCGGAGAUUGGGCCAAAUUUUCCGUCAGCCUGGUGUCUGUGUACAAGAGCCGCGGAGAGCCGCUGAAGAGAGGCAAUCACUUGCUGUGGGUCCAUAUGAAGGAUCUGGCCUGCAAAUGUCCGCGGAUACACAUGAGCAAACGCUUCCUCAUCCUGGGCAUGAGCGAGGGCACCGCGAGCCCCGAACACCCGGGACUGCUGGCCGACAAAAACAGCCUGGUCAUUCAGUGGAGGGACAUUUGGACUCGACGACUGCGCAAGUUCCAGCGCAAAGAGAAGAAAGGCAAGUGCAGCAAAGCAUGAUGGGAUGGCAGGGAACUCUUUAUUAUUGACCACUGUCCUGUGUAUGCGGGAGACUGCGAACUCUGCGUAUUGUCGUUUCCAGUGCGUUAUUUGAUGUCGUCCUGUUGGUCAGCCUUCUAAAGGGACCGUUAAAAAGACUGUUUCUAAUCACACACCACUGAAUCUCACACACACACACACACACACACACACACACGCUGCAGUUUGACUGAGCUGCACACGGACUGAUUCCAUUUCCUCUCCAAGCCACAAUUUAAUCAAUCAAAUAUGAAAUAUGUCCUCAAAUUACAAAUCACGGGAACGAUUCUGUCCGCAUCUGGUUUGGUUUCUUCUAGUCUUUGUGGCCUUCAUCAGAUGUUCACUCUGGUGUUCACCACAUGCUGCUCGCUUCAGUUCUGAAAACCUCAAAAUCUUCAUCAUCAUCAUCAUCCUCAGCCUGGAUCAUUUCACUUUUGAAGACCUUAUUAAGCACGCUCAUAUCUGUGGGUUGUGUGGUACAUGUGGAUUAUUUAAUAUUGAAGGAUCUAGUGCAGAACAGAGCGAAUGUCCAUUAGCAUACGGAAACGUACUCGGCGCAAGUAUGCAAAUGCAUGAAUGCUUGGCACUGGCAUUGGUUUCGUUGUGCAUUUUUAACAUGCUUUUUUGAGUUACUGUGGCAGGAACAAAUAUCUGUCAUUAAAGAGAUAUUUCACCCGCAAUUCAACCAAAAUGAAUAUUUUGUCAUCUACUCACUCUCAUGUUGUUCCAAACCCAUAGUAUGUUAUUCUAUUCUGUGGAACGCAAGAAAAAAAUGUCCCUCUUUUCCACAUAAAAAACACUCUGUUAAGCUCCACAAGAUGACAAAAAAACAUUGUCAAAUCUAUUUAGAGACUGAAUUAAAUAAGAGCAACUUUGAGAAGAUUAUUAGUGAAUAAUGACUUUUUAAAGGCUUCAUAUGGCUUCAGAAGAUUUGGAUUAUAGUCCAUAGGAGUUGUAUGGACUACUUUUGUGUGUGUAUGUGUGUGACAGCCAAAGUUUUCAAAUAUUCUCCUUUUGUUUUCCAUGAAAAAUACUAGUGUAUGAGUUUUGAAUGACAUGAGGUGAGAAAACUGGUAAUGGUUGAUCAAAUUUUGGUAUCCUUCUUAAAGGGAUAGUUCACCCAAGAAACUAAAAUUCUCCCACCCUCCAAACCUGUAUGUAUAUCAAAUAUGUUUAAUCUCCUCUGAAAGGAUGGAUUCAUAGUCUAAAGCUAAAAAUUGGGACUUGCCAAAGUCUCUGAUUUUCUAUUAUCAACUGUUAUCAACUCCUUCAGACUGUAAAUUGGGGGAAAAAAUCGGGGAAAAGGUUGUGUAGUGUGUGUUUCCUCUGCCAGAUUCUCCUCAAACUGUUGCUUCAACAUUUCAAUAGUUGAUCUGAAACAGAAAACUGACUGUAGAAGAAGACUAUGCUAAAGAAUUAUGUUUAUGCUAAAGAAUUAUAACGCCCCUUGUGGCAGUGAUGACAAUAGCUUCAUGAAUUGGAUUCUGAUGCAUUUCUAAAUCUAAUGACGUGAAAUUGAGUGUGCUUGCAUACUUGUAUAGAGCAUGUUUCAGGGCCAAUGCUCUGUCCUAAUGUUUCUCUCUCUUCUACUACUGAAUGUCUCGGUUUUUAUCUGCCGUCUGACCGUUUUAAAAGACAAGACAAAGACGAGAAUAAUGACGUGUAGUCUUCUUGUUUGCAUCUCUUACUGUGAGAAAGUGUCAAACAGACAUAUACAAUGGGGUCUUUGUAUAGUUUAAGACUGCUUGCUUUUUUCGUUUUUUUGUUUCAAAUGCAUUAAUUUGCAUUGAACAUUUUCAGACUUUAGUGAUAUUUGGUGUGUCUCUCUGCAGUAGCUAACAUGAACAACCAAGACCACGUUCUCCAGUAUGAUAAAACUGAUAAUGGCCACAUUUAUCAGUCUAUCAAUACUAGAAAUAGUGCCAAAUUUUAAAUAUCGCUUCUACAUUUUACAUCUCAACUUGGCUUUUUGUGGGGUUUUCACUCUUGAAACUCCUCUGUUUAUUUUUAUAGUUAAAUAAAAAUGACAGAUUUUAAUCUUUUAAACUUUCGGACCUCAGUAUAUCUGCAUUGUAUGGUGUACAGUACAAUAAUGUGUGUUGUGUCGGUAAUAUUACAGAGAAAUGAAGGAAAAUCACAGUAAAGGAAUAACUAUAGAUAAAUUCCUGCUCACUAUGAUCAUUUAUAAAUGUAUUUCAGUACAAAAAGUUUGUUUUACACUGUCUUUGCUGCAUUAAGAAGUAAACGGCCCUUUUUAUUGAUAAAAAAAAACAACAAAAAAAAAAACGCCUGGUUCCACCUAACAAAUAAUUCUAAUUUUCUGAGAGAGAGAUGAAUGAAUAAAUGAAUGUAAAUUGUUAGGAUUAACAGGAUUUUUAUUAUUUUAUUGUCUGUAUGUUUAUGCAAAAACAAGUCUUUUUAUGCCAAUGUUAAACUAACAGGAGAGUUAACUGAAGUAGUGUUAAAAUGUAAAUAAGCGAUCAUAGAUUCACUACAUUUAACUCUCACACACAUCAUGAUGCACACUGACCUCAGAAUGUGCCGUCCACUGAGUGCCAGUGACAGGACAAAUACAUCAGUAUAUAUACAUUUUAUUUCCUUUUUUUUUUGGAUUUCACACAAUAAAAGUCCUUUUCAAAUACUUGGACUAGCAAUGUGUACGGAAUGGAAUACUAUUAGCAAACUAUCAUAUUGUUUACAUCCAUAAUAAAUACUUUUUUAUUCACUCAAAAUUAAUAAUGUGAUAAUAUUCCAUUCCGAAUGCUGCCAAGUGCUCUGCACACUUGUGCAUGAACCCCACAAUGCAAUGCACUCAACUUGACCUUCCAUUUACAGUAACAAAUGCACCGGAAUUAAUAAAACAGAUUUUUUGUUAUGACCUCCUGCACAAGAUUGGUUUAAAAAUGCAAAACAACCAAGAUGACAACAGGACGCCCUUUGCAUAAUGAUGAGAAUGUUUCUGUCACAUACUGUAUAAAAAAAAAAAAAACAGUUGACCGAAUGCUGUGUAUGUGGGUUUUUUAUCCAAAGUGACAAAUCAGAAUAACACAAGCAGAAUCGAUUAACCCGAGGGAUGAAACUGCCGUAACAAACACUAGAAACUAGUAUGCCAUCCUGAACCUGGCCUAGGUUGCAGAGAGGCCUUAUUAAUGAAGGAAAUGUCAUUUCAACAGCAAUUUCCAUUUUUGUUUUACUCCUGGAAGUGGUUUGGAUGAGAGACUAUAAACAUAUAAAAGCUUUCCUGCUGCAUGAGCAGCGCAGAUUACCGGUUUUAAUGACUCUGAUGUCAUUAAGUAAAUGAACAAUUAGAGAAAGACGUGCAGAAGGUUGCUCUUUCUAUGACUGCUUGUGCGAAUGUAUUUGUGUUGUGUGCAAAAGUUUGGGCAUCGUUCCCGCAGUUCAUGUUUGGGUGAUUCAGUCUGG